UACGAGUUUGAAGCCGCUUCGCUCCGUAGCUCGUUUUGCUAACUUUUAACAGCUCCCCGAUCGAGACUUCUCUCUCUCUCUGUUUGUGUCUCAGCUGGUUUUAUUGCUCAAGACCUGCCUGAGUGAGGAAGUCUGCUCCUUUUCGACACCCUUUUUUUUUUUUUUUUGUUUUAAAACAUUUCACCAUGGGCUCCAGGGCGUCCACGUUACUCCGAGAGGAGGAAAUCGAAGAAAUUAAGAAGGAGACUGGCUUCUCCCACAGUCAGAUCACUCGCCUGUACAGCCGAUUCACCAGUCUGGAUAAAGGUGAAAACGGCACACUCAGUCGAGAAGAUUUCCAGAGGAUCCCAGAGUUGGCCAUCAAUCCGCUGGGCGACCGAAUCAUCAACGCCUUCUUUCCUGAGGGAGAGGACCAGGUGAACUUCAGGGGCUUCAUGCGGACUUUGGCUCACUUCAGACCCAUCGAGGACAACGAGAAGAACAAGAACGCCGCUGUCAGCGAGCCGCUCAACAGCAGGACAAACAAGCUGCUCUUUGCUUUCCGUCUGUAUGACCUGGACAGAGAUGACAAAAUCUCCCGGGAUGAGCUGCUGCAGGUCUUACGGAUGAUGGUUGGUGUCAACAUUUCAGAUGAACAGCUUGGCAGCAUUGCUGAUAGGACCAUACAGGAGGCGGACACAAAUGGAGAUAACUCCAUUUCCUUCAAUGAAUUCAUCAAGGUCUUAGAGAAGGUGGACGUGGAGCAGAAAAUGAGCAUCCGGUUCCUGCACUAAAUCGCUUCAUUUUUAUUUUUUUUUUUGUUAUUAUUUUUAUUUCGAGUAGAGCUUCAACAUGUCAGUUGAUGUAAGAACACAACCUCAUCCAGCUUCGCGCUGUCAAACUAAGCAUUAGGUGGAUAAUGUCACAGAUCUUGAGUUUCUGCCUUUGCACUGCUCUGUAAACAAAGGGAAAGUUGCGUGCCUUGGGUUGUUUUAUGCAAUGUCGCUGUAUUAUUAUUUUUUCCCAGUAAUGGAACAUUAUUUAUUAGAAAACAUUUUAAAGGGUCGCAGUUAAGUUACCACUGUUCCACUUUCACAUGAAAAAUAAUUUUAUAGCAAGGUACGACAAAGCUUCUUUUGCUAUUGCAGUGAGUACGUUUAUUCUAAAUUUACUCAUGCUGUUCCAUGGAUAUUUAGCACACGCUGCGUCCGUAUACAUAUGCAAUGGUUCAAAGUGAAACGUCUAAGAUGUGUGAUUCCAUUUCAAAACAGACGGUGUUUUUAACGCUAACGGGAUCUUAUGACUCCUCUUCCGUCAGGCGAGUUUGUCCCUUGAAACAAAGCAGAAUCUGCUCCCCAGAGUUUUGUGUUUUUAACUCCCUAAAGUGCCAUAAGUGUGGUUCCCCUUUGUAAGUUAUCCGAACAGUAGACAGGAACCUAAUGGCCACGUUUGUGCGUUUUUGUUUUCCCGUAUGGGUUAACCUAGCUACUGCCAAUAGAUUGUAAUUACCUGUUUCAAUUGUUGGAUUUCAACCAAAGCAAGCUUAAUCCUUUUCUCAAAACCAGUAACCACCCAGGGCCCGUUGGAACCACUGGUGAUUCAUGUGUAUAAUCUAUCUCUAUCUCAUUGGCUAGUGUGUCUGUCUGUCUGUCUGUCUUGUCUGUCUGUCUGUCUGUCUGCCCUUGCACAUAUUCUGACAGGUUACCAUAGUGCUUUUGCAGAAUGGUAUCAUUAGGAUUAAGCUGCUAACAUGGCCUGCUUUCAAAGAGGUUUCCCCCCCUGAUGGAGUCUUAAUGAAAACCCUGGCUAACAGUGUCAGGCCCUGUGGUGGAAACGGGGCUGUGACCGUUAGUUUUAGACUUGGAACAGGUUUAAACUCAUGAUGGACGUGUAUACUUCUAUUAUAUAUGAUCAGUAGCCUAGGUUUACGGCUAAGAAAAAAUGUAUUUGUUGAUUUAUGCACUGCUCAACAUUUGUCUUUUCAUUUCUUUCCCCACUGACUGGUUCCAGAUGCUAAAGAGAAUCAAAUGCUUUCAAACUAUAUUUUCUGUACAGGCUAAUGUUCAUGAAUUGGAGUGUCUGACCCUUUAAUCUUUAACGUGAGUUUGUUAAAUCAUUACAAGGACACCUUCCAGCAGCUCAGUGCAGGAAAUACAACUCGACCAUUUUAUUAAUCGUUAUGUGAUUAUCAAUCGGCUAUGAUUCACAUGGUAUGUGAUGUUGGUCUAGGUAUUAUCAAAGUGAUUCAUGAAUUUGAUUUGAAUAAAAUAAGUGCCAUGCUGA